AUGGACCUGGUCAAAGAGUUUAAUGAUUCUGCUCUUCCUGUUUCUGCCUGCCCAUUACCUCCUCACCUGCAGCUUCGUACUUCAGAUGGUGAUGUUCUUCCAGAUGCUAUAAAAUACCGCCAAUUGGUUGGUAAGUUGAAUUAUCUAACUCACACUCGUCCAGACUUGGCAUUUGCUGUUGAGUUUCUUAGCCAGUUUAUGCAAGAUCCAAGACUUCCACACUGGACUGUUGCAUUACAUACUAUUGCUUAUGUUAAAAGCACUGCUUCUCAAGGCUUGUUUUUUAAUAACUCUCCUACAUUUGAGUUACAUGCCUACUAUGAUUUGGAUUGGGCAUCAUGUCCUAACACUCAUAAAUCUGUCAGUGGAUACUUUGUAUCAUUCGGAGGUAGUCAUCUUUCUUGGAAAUCAAAAAAGCAACCUACUGUGGCUUUAAGCUCUACAGAAGCAGAAUAUCAAUCGAUGAGGCGCGUCACUGCUGAACUUGCUUGGUUAACAAGAUUAUUGUCUGAACUAAAGGUUCCCAAUGUCACUCCAAUCCCUCUCAAAUAUGACAGCGAAGCCGCUAUUCACAUGGCUAAAAAUCCUGUUUUCCAUGAACGCACUAAACACACUGAAUUGGACUACCAUUUUGUCUGA